AUGGGCUUUUCUUGUCCUCCAAUCGCUCCUCCUCACUCUAACCGGAACGCUCUCCCGCCCCACCAACGCUGCCAACAACUCGGAGCUGCCCGUAUUGAUGCCGCACGGCAUUCUACGAGUUGUCCGCCUACGUUCCCUCCCCCUUCCCCUGUCAUUUCCAAGCCUCCCGCACGCUCCACCUCACCCCAUGUUUCCCCUGCUCUGCCGCUUCCUGCCGCCUCUUUCCCUCAUCCCCCCCUCGUCCUGUUUCCCCUAUCCCCCGCAGCUUCCGCCCCCCAUGCCUCCGCGCUCUACAUCGUCCGCCUGCGCUCUGCACCACCAGUCGCCUCGUACCGCGGUGGAAUCCCCGGCUUCCCGGCAACGGCCGUGUGGGGCAGCGACCCUAACGGCAACACAAUAGAUGCGUCGGCGGACGAUGCAGCCAACGGUGCCGAUGCAGCCAACGGUGCCGAUGCAGCCAACGGUGCCGAUGCAGCCAACGGUGCCGAUGCAGCCAACGGUGCCGGCGCGGCAGCUCGCUCAAACUCCUCUGUUGCAAGCAACGGUGGCGUUGGCGCUGCUUCUGGUGCUCCUGUAACGGCUGCGGCUGCUGUCACUGCCAGCGGAGGGGGGACCAGCCGUCGGGCUCGCCGGCGGCCGCGGUUGAACAUGAGGGCGCCGGGCGUGAGGGCGUUCAAGCAGCUGCUGCAGCGCAUGCAGCAGGCCGUGCUGAGAGACAGCGGGGUGGACGCGGGGAAGAUGCUCUACAGCUACAAGCACACAGACAACGGCUUUGCAGCGAUCCUCACGGCAGCGCAGGUGCAGCGUAUGAGGCGGCACCCCUCUGUGGCGUCCGUCACGCCCUCUCGCACCAUCACACGCCGCACCACUAGCAGCACCGAUGCGUACAAGUCCUUCAAGCUGCCCGAUGCCCUCCCUUCUGCUGCUGCUGCUGCUGCUGCUGCUGCUGCUGCUCCCGUUGCUGCCACUCCCACUGCUCCUGCUGCUACAACUCCUGCUUCCGCCGCUACUACUGCUGCUGCCACUCCGGCUGGAGCGUCGAGCGACGGUGGCGAGGGCACGGUGAUUGGGUUUGUGGACAGCGGUGUGUGGCCGGAGCACUCCUCCUUUAACGACACAGGCUACAGCAGCACGCUCCCUGCCGGGUGGGCGGGCACGUGUCCCACUACAAGCGAUUUCGCUUGUAACAACAAGAUCAUCGGAGGGGGCAUCUUUUACGCGGGGCUUGAGAGCGAGAAUCGGGUGUGCUGGGUGAGUGCAGGGGUGUGCUGGGUGAGUGCAGGGGUGUGCUGGGUGAGUGCAGGGGUGUGCUGGGUGAGUGCAGGGGUGUGCUGGGUGAGUGCAGGGGUGUGCUGGGUGAGUGCAGGGGUGUGCUGGGUGAGUGCAGGGGUGUGCUGGGUGAGUGCAGGGGUGUGCUGGGUGAGUGCAGGGGUGUGCUGGGUGAGUGCAGGGGUGUGCUGGGUGAGUGCAGGGGUGUGCUGGGUGAGUGCAGGGGUGUGCUGGGUGAGUGCAGGGGUGUGCUGGGUGAGUGCAGGGGUGUGCUGGGUGAGUGCAGGGGUGUGCUGGGUGAGUGCAGGGGUGUGCUGGGUGAGUGCAGGGGUGUGCUGGGUGAGUGCAGGGGUGUGCUGGGUGAGUGCAGGGGUGUGCUGGGUGAGUGCAGGGACGUGUGCGGCAGCAGGCAACAGUGCCAUCAGCAUGCCUGGCGGGAGCACCAUCGGUGGCGUGGCUCCCAAGGCACGCCUGGCCAUAGCGGCAGCGGGCAACAGUGGGGUUGAAGUGCCUGGCCGGGGCACCAUCAGUGGCGUGGCUCCCAAGGCACGCCUGGCCAUCUACAAGGUCUAUUGGUAUUAUGGAUACCCUGGUUACAUGGACUUCGGCGCUACAUACGCAGACGUCUUUGCAGCCGUGGAUCAGGCCGUGGCGGACGGUGUGGAUGUGCUGGCCGUGUAUCUUCUUGGCGUACAACAGUCAUACGCUCACAAACGAAACUACUUUGAAGAUGUGCCUUUCAUCGGCGCCCUUGCGGCAGGAGUGACUGUGGCGGUGGCAGCGGGCAACGAAGGGACGAGCAAGUACUAUGAAUAUUGGACCGGCCGACUAGAUGCCAUCGCCUACUUUUCACCCUUCUAUAUCACCGUGGGGGCGAGGCAAAGGCAGAGCCUGCUUGUUUCCCGUGGUGUGGUGCAGAUUAUGAUUCUUCCUCUUCUACCGUCCUUGCUUCCUGCACUUUUCCACUCUCUCCUCCCUCGUCUUGCAUCUCCUCCCUCAACCUGCGUCUCCUCUUGCCCUUCUCAUGCUUGUCUACAUCCUCCCUGCCCCACCAUGCAGUACCGUGCCCCAGGCCUCGUUCAUUUCAAUCCAUGGAAAAAUUACCCCACCAACGCCAUUGUCAAGCCAGACAUCAUAGCCCCGGGAGUCAACAUCCUUGCCGCUUAUCCCGGGACAACAACCCCAUCCAUGUUCAUGGCUGAUAACGGCACGGGCAUGGCGGCGGCGCUUGUGGCCGGUGUGGCUUCUCUCAUCAUCCAGCAGCAUCCUGAUUGGUCGCCCGCGCAGGUCAUGUCUGCAAUGAUGACGACAGCGCGCCGCACAGACAACAGAAAGAGACUUAUUAGAAAUCUAUAUGUGAAGCCGGCAUCACCGUGGCAAAUGGGAUCGGGGCAUGUCUUUCCCGCUAGUGCGCUUAACCCUGGGUUAACCUAUGAUGCUGGGGAGCAAGAUUUCCGCAACUUUCUUGCUGGGGUGAGGAUGGAGAGGGCUCGAAAGGUGUUUGGAGACGUGCCACUGACACCCGUUCCAGCCAGGAACCUGAAUCGGCCUGCUAUCUCGCUGGUCAACAUAGUGAAUAAAGUUACCGCCAUACGGACAGUGACGAGCGUCUCAGACACCACAUCGACCUACAGGGUGAGGAUCAAGGCCCCCAAGUUUGUGAGCGUGAGAGUGGUGCCAUCAAAGUUUACCAUAGCUCCUGGGGAGCGAGUAAGAUUCAAGGUAAAGGUUGUGGUGUGGAUGAGGUUCAGCAGGGCGCACGAGGGCGCGGGCAGCAGCAGAGCGCACGAGGGCGCAGGCAGAGCAGAGUGCACAAGGGCGCGGGCAGCAGCAGGGACCACGACGGGCAGCACAAGCACGGGCAGCAACGGGCGGCAACGGGCAGCACAGGCACGGGCAGCAACUGGCGGCAACGGGCAGCACAGGCACGGGCAGCAACAGGCAGCAACACGCAGUACAGGCACGGGCAGCAACGGGCGGCAACGGGCAGCACAGGCACAGGCAGCAACGGGCGGCAACAGGCAGCGCAGGCACGGGCAGCGACAGGCAGCACAGGCACGGGCAGCAACGGGCGGCAACAGGCAGCACAGGCACGGGCAGCAACUGGCAGCAACGGGCAGCACAGGCACGGGCAGCAACGGGCGGCAACGGGCAGCACAGACACAGGCAGUAACAGGCAGCAACGGGCAACACAGGCACGGGCAGCAACGGGCGGCAACGGGCAGCACAGGCACAGGCAGCAACGGGCGGCAACGGGCAGCACAGGCACGGGCAGCAACGGGCGGCAACAGGCAGCACAGGCACGGGCAGCAACGGGCGGCAACAGGCAGCACAGGCACGGGCAGCAACGGGCGGCAACGGGCAGCGCAGGCACGGGCAGCAACGGGCGGCAACAGGCGGCACACGCACGGGCAGCAACGGGUGGAAACAGGCAGCACAGGCACAUGCAGCAACAGGCAGCAAUGGGCAGCACAGGCACGGGCAGCAACAGGCGGCAACGGGCAGCACAGGCACGGGCAGCAACGGGCGGCAACGGGCAGCACAGGCACGGGCAGCAACGGGCGGCAACAGGCAGCACAGGCACGGGCAGCAACAGGCAGCAACGGGCAGCACAGGCACGGGCAGCAACGGGUGGCAACAGGCAGCACAGGCACGGGCAGCAACGGGCAGCAACGGGCAGCACAGGCACGGGCAGCAACAGGCGGCAACGGGCAGCACAGGCACGGUCAGCAACGGGCGGCAACAGGCAGCACAUGCACGGGCAGCAACAGGCAGCAACGGGCAGCAAUGGGCGGCACAGGCACGGGCAGCAACGGGCGGCAACAGGCAGCACAGGCACGGGCAGCAACGGGCGGCAACAGGCAGCACAGGCACGGGCAGCAACGGGCAGCACAGGCACGGGCAGCAACGGGCGGCAACGGGCAGCACAUGCAUGGGCAGCAACAGGCAGCAACAGGCAGCACAGGCACAGGCAGCAACAGGCAGCAACGGGCAGCACAGGCACGGGCAGCAACAGGCACGGGCAGCAACAGGCAGCAACGGGCAGCACAGGCACGGGCAGCAACAGGCGGCAACGGGCAGCACAGGCACGGGCAGCAACAGGCGGCAACGGGCAGCACAGGCACGGGCAGCAACGGGCGGCAACAGGCAGCACAGGCACGGGCAGCAACAGGCAGCAACGGGCAGCACAGGCACGGGCAGCAACGGGCGGCAACAGGCAGCAGAGGCACGGGCAGCAACAGGUAG